GCUCUUGGAGAAGAUUGUGGAGAAGUUUGAUACACUAACAAGAGCAUUUACUCAUCUGGAUAAAGAGUUCACCUAUAUGAGACAGACUACUAAAUCUUACAUGUCCAUAGAAAGCAUUGAGGAUGGAAUUGUGGGAAACAGUGUUAGCAUGAAAGCAAAACUUUCAUGGGCCACUUUACACUCGCUUCUUCAUUCUGAAAGAGCUGCUCAUCGUCAGAAUGGGUAUGUAUGGUUGGGUGAUUUGCUUAUAACACAAAUUAGCGAGGAAAGGGGCGCAAGUAUAUGGUCAAAUAUCAGAAAAUUACAGCAGAAAAUUGUCCUUGCUGGAAUUAAUGAUUAUUCAGCUGCUUUGGAUGUUCCACUUCCUAUUUGGCUUAUGUGUGGGCUUCUGAAAUCAAAGAAUAACCUCAUCAGAUGGGGCUUUCUGUUUGUUCUAGAGAGGCUUCUUAUGCGAUGCAAGUUUUUGUUAGAUGAGAAUGAACUCCAGCAUUCAAACAGCACCGAAGGUGUUGGACAUUUUCAUGACGAGAGUCGUCUUGAAAAAGCGAAUGCAGUGAUAGACAUUAUGAGCAGUGCAUUGUCUUUGGUGGCUCAGAUAAAUGAAACUGACCGCAUGAAUAUCUUGAAGAUGUGUGAUGUUCUAUUUUCUCAAUUGUGCCUGAAAGUUCUCCCUGCAACUGCAAUGCCAUUUCGAGAUGCAAUGCAUGAUGAUAAAAGUUUUAAUUGCUCAGAUUGGAAUAAAAAGGUUGAUGCUGGAGAUCAUCAACCUCUAAAAGAAAAUUGCUGGGAGGAAUCCAUGGAAGAUAAUAAUAAAUUUGGGAACGGCGAUAAUCCAGGCUUCGAGACCGCAUCCAUGGCAGCAUUACUACUUCGAGGCCAGGCCAUUGUUCCCAUGCAAUUGGUUGCACGUGUUCCUGCUGCUUUGUUUUAUUGGCCCUUGAUUCAACUUGCUGGUGCGGCUACAGACAAUAUUGCAUUAGGUGUUUCUGUUGGCAGCAAAGGAAGAGGAAACCUACCUGGUGCUACAUCAGACAUACGAGCAACCCUUCUUUUGCUUUUGAUUGGUAAAUGCACUGCAGAUCCUGCUGCUUUUCAAGAAGUUGGUGGAGAAGAGUUCUUUAGGGAGCUGUUAGAUGAUACCGACUCAAGGGUGGCAUAUCACUCUUCUACUUUUCUUUUGAAGAGAAUGAUGACAGAAGAAUCGGAAAGUUACCAGCGCAUGUUACAUAGUCUUGUUUCAAGAGCUCAGCAGAGUAACAACGAAAAGCUGUUGGAGAAUCCCUACCUACAGAUCCGUGGCUUAAUUCAGCUGGCAAAUGAAUGAUGUGGAAAUGAUCUGUAAGGAGGAGAUGCUGCCAUUCCAAGAAACGUGAUGAUUCUCAUUGGCAUUUAUAAUCACAUGCUUUGGUGUGAGGAUUCCCUGGGUGAACUGUGAAUCACAACGUGGAUGAUGCUUAAUUUGUAAGCAUGCAUUAUAAGGUUUGGAUUCUGAUAAAGAAAAACCUCCGGUUCAACCAAAAUUUUGAGUCCAAGCAAAGAGUAUGAGGUGCUGGGAUACUGCAUCAUACUUGCUUGCUUCUUUGUGUAAUACCAUGAACAUCCAUUAAUUCCUGCCUGUGGAGUUUUGCAGUGAGAGGCAUAUCAACAUAUGCAUUGCUCAUACCUCCAUGAGGACAUUGUACAUUUUUGUAAUGAAUUGCUGACUGAAUUCGACACCUGGUGGAUUUGUGGAGCUUAACAUUCGGGUGAAGAUUUAGGAAAAAUGGCUUCCCUUUUAAUUAGCCAGAGCACAAGAUGUCGGGGAUACUCUAUCGAGUAACUUGAUCCAUUAAAUUGUCCAACUUUUCAUGAAGUUUCAAAUCAGGAUAUUGGACCAUCUUCAGGCUUUUGUUGCUGUACUUUUAGUGGAUUGGCAAAUGAAGAUGUGAAAGCGGUAGACUGGAUCACUAAUGUGGACUCCAUUUUUGGGGGGCAUCAACAUAGGAUUCUCUUAUUGCGGGCAUCAAUAAAGGGUGCCUGGAAUGUGUCUCUUAUGUAUUUUUUAUUCCAUUGAUCAUUAUUUAUAAUAGCUCUGUAAAUGUGUUUGCUUUUUUGUCCCCCAUCUAAAUUCUUCUGUAUUGGGCCUGUUGUAAAAUAGCUGUUGAGAAAAUUUUCUUAGUCUAACAUAUGAGAGUGAUGCAAUUUUGGAAUUCUUAUGGCAUGUUAAUGCUCAUUGACUUCUUACCUGUUUCCUGAGAAGCAAUAAAGUACAAAUUUUC